CACGACAAUUUCACCACAUUAUCUACGGUCGUGCUGGUGCUGCGACCCUUCCCCUGCAUAGAGCAGACUCAGCACGCCAUGGCUGUACCAUCUGAGAAAGCUGGCGUCGGCGCGCUGCUCGAUAUCAGCUACUUCGGUGGUGCGAAAUCGCUCUCGGAGGGCAGGUCUCCCCACAGGACGGUGGUCGCCUCCCCAACCGCCCAAGAUGACGGCAAACAUCAUAUUGCUCCUCCUCAGGAUCCGUCUGAUUUUCUCUGGAUCAUGAUGGAGGAGCCGCACCGCAGCUGCCGUACGGCAAUCAUGAAGGCUCAUCCGGAGGUGAAAAAACUGAUGGGAUGCGAACCGCUCACGAAAUACGUCGUGUUCUCCAACCAUAACCUCUUCCUCGCCAUCCAUGAGAUUUCCCACAACCUUGCCUUCAAGGGAAUAUGGGCGAACAAGGCACUCUCUGUGUUCGCGAACUUGUCUAUCGGGGUUCCCUACUGCGCCGCGUUCAAAAGAUAUCACAUGGAGCAUCAUAAAUAUCUUGGAGAAGACGGCAUAGAUACCGACCUCCCCACCCACGCUACCAUCGGUACAUUCCACAUAUUCUUCUACGCCCUCCGUCCGGGCUUUGUGCGCACGCAACGUAUCAUUCAACGGCACAUCACCAACUUGAUCGUACAAGUCAUCUUCGACUACGUGCUCGUCAAGACUUGCGGUGUUCGCCCGCUCAUAUAUUUGCUGGCGUCAAGCUUCUUUGCGGGGAGCCUGCACCCGUGCGCGGGCCACUUCAUCGCCGAGCACUACGUGUGGGAUGGCCUUCUCCAAGAGACGUACUCGUACUAUGGGCCCCUCAACAUCCUCGCUUGCAAUGUCUGUAUGCUGCUCAGUUAUUCGUACAGUUGUUGCUCACUUGACGCGAUUAUCUUGGUGGGGUACCAUAACGAACACCAUGACUUCCCAUCGGUCGCAUGGACCCGGCUGCCAGCACUACGUGCGCUCGCACCAGAGUUCUACGACACGCUCCCAUCUCACCCGUCCUGGCCCACGGUCACCAUCAACUUCAUCCGUGACCCGGAGGUCACCAUCUUCGCACGGGUGAAGCGUCCGAUGAAGGGCAAGGCGCAGCCUGUGCAGGAAACUAAGCAGCCUAAGAACGCUGUCAAGGAUGCUAGUGACUCGGAUGAGGGAACGGAGUAGGCAAGUGGCACGGGAGAUAUUUUAUUUCUGGUGCUCCACAUAGCCCGGACGGUCGAUUUUGAACAAUAUACUGUAUACUUGU